AUGAAACCAACAGCUAUCUACACCUUGCUUGUUCUGUAUCUCCUCAUCUCCACAGCCACUGAUACAGCCACCCAGACUUUGUUUGGCGUUGAUUUGACGAGUCUCGAUCUGCCUGUUGAAAAGCAUCUGGACGUUCCGCCUAACAUGCGGCUGCUCCUCCUGCCUAGCGCUGUUGCGGUUGCUGGUCGACGCGUACGCCGGCUGCCAAGUACUUCGUCGAAGGCUAACUGUAACUGA